GCCCCCAGGAAGAGGAAGACGAUCGCCCACUCUUCCAGCCCUUGCUUGGUCACAGGUUGCACAGAUGCCAAGAGAACCCGGGUGGCCAGCAGCAGCCAACGCUCCAGUGGCUCCAAGGUCGGCAGACAGCCAGGGAAGACGCGCAACAGGUCAGGGAUGGCAUGCAAGACCACCACCACCAUCAGCUCUAAGCGAAUCGUCCGUCGUCCAUCCUUACCGAGUUUGAAGAAACCCAUUAUCCUCCGAAGGUCUGGGUGCCAAGUCCCCACCGUCCUCCGCCGAGGCUAUCUCCAACUGUUCACCGAAGAGUGUCUCAAGUUCUGCGCCUCCAAGCAGGAGGCCGAGGAGAAGGCGCUGAACGAGGAGAAGGUGGCCUACGACUGCAGCCCCAACAAGAACAGGUACCUGAACGUGGUCCUGAACACCCUCAAGAGACUGAAGGGCCUGACCCCCAGCUGCAUGCCGGGCCUCAGCAGGGCCGCCCUGUACAGCCGCCUCCAGGAGUUCCUGCUCAGCCAGGACCAGCUCAAGGAGAACGGCUACCCCUUCCCGCACCCCGAGCGGCCCGGAGGCGCCGUCCUCUUCACUGGCCAGGGGAAGGGGCCCGGCGACUCCUCCUGCAGGGUCUGCUGCCGUUGUGGCACCGAGUACCUGGUGUCCUCCUCGGGCCGCUGUGUACGCGACCAGUUGCGUUACUGUCACUGGGGGCGGGUCCCCUCGAGCCAGGUGGCUAGAGGCCGGGUUAGUCAGUACACCUGCUGUGCAGCUGCUCCUGGCUCUGUGGGCCGCCAGGUGGCAAAGCAGCACGUGCGGGACGGCCGCAAGGAGAGCCUCGAUGGUUUCGUGGAGACUUUCAAGAAAGAAUUGUCCAGAGACCCUCAUCCAGUAAUCUACGCCUUGGACUGUGAGAUGUGCUACACCACGCAUGGCCUAGAGCUGACCCGCGUCACCGUGGUGGACGCCGACAUGCGAGUGGUGUACGACACCUUCGUCAAGCCCGACAACGAGAUCGUGGACUACAACACCAGGUUUUCCGGAGUCACCGAGGCCGACGUCGCCAAGACGAGCAUCACCUUGCCCCAAGUCCAAGCCAUCCUGCUGAGCUUUUCCAGCGCCCAAACCAUCCUCAUCGGGCACAGCCUGGAGAGCGAUCUGCUGGCCCUGAAGCUCAUCCACAGCACCGUGGUGGACACGGCCGUGCUCUUCCCGCACUACCUAGGUUUCCCCUACAAGCGCUCCCUCAGGAAUCUCGCGGCCGACUACCUGGGACAGAUCAUCCGGGACAGCCAGGACGGCCACAACUCCAGCGAGGACGCAAACGCCUGCCUGCAGCUGGUGAUGUGGAAGGUCCGACAGCGCGCCCAGAUCCAGCCACGCCACCGGUCCGCCUCUCCCGCCUCCCUGGCCUGUCCUUGGCCCCAGGCCUCUUCCAAAACCGCCAUCAGUCCCGAGAGCUCACCCUGUCCACCUCGCCGCAAAGCGAGAGAAACUGGAGCAGCCGGCGGCAGGAGAGGUCCAAAAGCCAAGAGUAACCCCAACCCCCCACUCCCAGUCCCCCGGAAUCCCUGCAGCGGGCCGCCGUCCAUGUCCCCAUCGCUCUGCCCCUCCCAGACCUCUGUCCUUCCACCAAUCGCCUCCCUGAGGCCCGAGCCCCAACUCCCAUUCCCCCAGGUCCCUGCCACGGCCCCUCGCGCCUGUCCCCAUCCCUCUGCCCCUCGCAGACCUCUGUCGCUACACCACUAG